AUGCUGCUCAUCGCGUUCAUCCCGUUCCUCGUCCUGCCCCUCCUCUCCUUCGCCGACCUCCCCAACUCGAAAGGCAGCGUCUCUCCCCCUCUCGACUUCCGCGGCGUCGUCGAGGAGGCACUCCAGGCGAGCCUCAACGCGACGCCGCGCGCGUCGCUGAACCAGUGGAAGCGCAUGGUCGAGGAGAGCAGCCUCGACCCUUCCGACUUCCACGUGCUGCAGGUCGGCUACAAGGACUGCGCCCAGUCGUGGGUGGUGAUGUGCCGCCACAGCGGCGCCAACACCUCGGUCGACACCCUAGUCAGCUUCUCCCACCAGUUCGCCACCUUCCAGGCCCACUACCGCGAGGUAAUCGCGCCGAACCUCAAGCCGAACUGCACCCGCCGCCUCCUCGACAGCCCGAUCGCGCACAUGGCGCGCGGCGCGACGGCCCCAUCGUGA